AUGCUGAGCCGGGUGCGCUCCGCCGUGGCGCACCUGGUGAGCUCGGGGGGCGCCCCGCCCGCGGGCCCCAAGUCCCCGGACCAGCCCGAAGCCGCCUCGCUGCUGCCCGCCGUCCCCCCGGAGGCGCCCGGGAGCCCCCCGGCCAAGGCGGGGAGCGCGAGCGGGAGCGCGGCGGCGCCCGCAAAGGCAGCGGAGGCUCGAGCGAGCUUCUCGCGCCCGACCUUCCUGCAGCUGAGCCCCGCGGGGCUGCGCCGCGCCGACGACCACGCCGGCCGCGCCGUGCAGAGCCCCCCGGACACCGGCCGCCGCCUGCCCUGGAGCACGGGCUACGCCGAGGUCAUCAAUGCUGGCAAGAGCCGGCACAAUGAGGACCAGGCGUGCUGCGAAGUGGUGUACGUGGAAGGCCGGAGGAGCGGCUCCGGGGCGCCCAGGGAGCCCGGCCCCGGCCAGGGACUCUGCUUCUACUACUGGGGUCUGUUUGACGGGCACGCGGGGGGCGGAGCUGCCGAGAUGGCCUCCAGGCUCCUGCACCGCCACAUCCGGGAGCAGCUGAAGGACCUCGUGGAGAUCCUGCAGGACCCCUCACCACCCCCCCUCUGCCUCCCAUCCACCCCGGGCACCCCGGCUUCCUCGGACCCCCCUCACUUGGUUGGUCCUCACUCCUGCUGGCCUUCGCAGAAGGAAGUGACCCACGAGAGCCUGGUGGUGGGGGCCAUUGAGAGUGCCUUCCAGCUCAUGGAUGAGCAGAUGGCCCAGGAGCGGCACGGCCACCAAGUGGAGGGGGGCUGCUGUGCCCUGGUUGUGGUGUACCUGCUGGGCAAGAUGUACGUGGCCAAUGCAGGGGACAGCAGGGCCAUCAUUGUCCGGAAUGGUGAGAUCAUUCCAAUGUCCCGGGAAUUCACCCCGGAAACGGAGCGCCAGCGCCUCCAGCUGCUGGGCUUCCUGAAACCAGAGCUGCUGGGGGGCGAGUUCACCCACCUGGAGUUCCCUCGUCGAGUUCAGCCCAAGGAGCUGGGCCAGAGGAUGCUGUACCGGGACCAGAACAUGACCGGCUGGGCCUACAAACACAUCCAGCUGGAGGACCUCAGGUUUCCUCUGGUCUGUGGGGAGGGCAAAAAGGCUCGAGUGAUGGCCACCAUCGGGGUGACCCGGGGCCUGGGAGACCACAACCUCAGGGUCUGCAGUUCCAGCCUGCCCAUCAAGCCCUUCCUGUCCUGCUUCCCGGAGGUGCGCGUGUAUGACCUGACGCAGUACGAGCACUGCCCGGACGACGUGCUGGUGCUGGGGACGGACGGCCUGUGGGACGUCACCAGCGACACCGAGGCGGCUGCCACGGUGGACAGGGUGCUGUCGACCUACGAGCCCAAUGACCCCAGCAGGUACACAGCGCUGGCCCAAGCCCUGGUCCUAGGGGCCCGGGGCACCCCCCGGGACCGUGGCUGGCGUCUCCCCAACAACAAGCUGGGUUCCGGGGAUGACAUCUCUGUCUUCGUCAUCCCCUUGGGAGGGCCCGGCAGCUACUCCUGA